GGGUGGGGCGAGCGAAGCACCGCCCAAGAUCCGCCCGCCUUGCCUGUGCGCAUCGCACAUGAUAACCGUCUUCGUAGCCGCCAGGACCGUUAAUUAAAAAAAAACAAAAAUGUUCUAAUUUCGAAUUUCCUUGUGUUGUGAUGUGCAAUAGCGUGAAAUGCCCAGGAAAAGAGUGAGCAAAUCGCCGGUGGAUAAGGGGUGGGAGGAUGAUGAUGAUUUUUCCUUUGAUGAUUCUCAGUCAGGUUCAGGUCGAGGUUCGCAGGAGCCGCAGCACAGGAACGCCGCCAACGCGCGCGAGCGAGCCAGGAUGAGGGUGCUCUCGAAGGCAUUUUGCAGGCUGAAAACCACCCUUCCCUGGGUCCCGGCUGACACAAAGCUAUCGAAACUGGACACAUUGAGGCUGGCUGCGUCAUACAUAGCACACCUCCGCGCUUUACUGCAUGAGCCACGCUCAUCGCAUACACCCCGCCCAAUCAGCCUGGCAUGGCCCUUCGCCUUUCAGCACGGUGGGUCCCUGAGCUGCUCCAUAUCGCAACGAUGGAGCGUCACCACACAACCCGACAGAACCAACCAACCCACAGAAAACGUGCAGAACAUGAACUGCGACUACGCGCAGGAAUAUAACGAGGACUAUGACGACAAAAUGUACGAGGACGUACCGAAUGAAUCAAAUUGCAACCCGGCCCCGUACUGUAGUAAUUAUGGUUAUAAAAAUAAUUACUACGAAAUGAGAAAUUAUUCUGACAACUUGGUUAACAACUCGUAAUUUAAAAUAAUUGGUUAAGUAAAAAUAUUAAGCGAUAAAUUAAAAUAUUUAUGUAUGUCUAAAUUUAAUAAAUUAUGAUCUUUUCUACAUUU